UGAAAUUGAGAACAAGAGAAUCAUUCAGAGAGAGAGAGAGAGAGAGUUGUAUGAAACCCUAAUCUUUCUCUGAGAAGUGACAAUGUCGAUGGACCUGUUGCUGAAGCCUUCUUGUAGCGGUUGUGGAUCAACCACCGAUCUCUAUGGAAGCAAUUGCAAGCACAUGACUCUCUGCUUGACCUGCGGCAAAACCAUGGCGGAGAAGAAAGCCAAAUGCAUUGAUUGUGGCGCAACCCUCACUCGCUUGAUUAGGGAAUACAAUGUUCGUGCAAGUUCUGGCAGUGACAAAAACUACUUCAUUGGACGAUUCAUAACCGGGUUGCCUGAUUUUUCCAAGAAGAAAAGUGCUGAAAACAAGUGGUGCCUUCAGAAGGAUGGACUGCAAACCCGCCAAGUUACCGAUGCUUUGCGGGAGAAGUACAAGAACAAGCCGUGGCUCUUAGAGGACGAAACUGGUCAGUCCCAAUACCAAGGUCACCUUGAAGGGGCACAGUCAGCUACAUAUUAUCUGCUUAUGAUGGAAAGGAAGGAGUUUGUUGCCAUUCCUGCUGGUUCUUGGUACAACUUUAACAAGGUUGCUCAAUAUAAACAAUUGACAUUAGAGGAAGCAGAAGAGAAAAUGAAGAACAGAAAGAAACACGCGGACGGGUAUGAAAGAUGGAUGAUGAAGGCUGCAAAUAAUGGGGCUGCCGCAUUUGGUGUGAAGGUUGAAGACAAGGAGAUCAGUGUGUACGGAGGGAAAGGCCGUAAAAAAACUAGUGAAGAUGAUGAAGGUCAUGUCUCAGAUAUUGGAGAGGAGGAUGAAGAAGAGGAGGCAGGAAGAAAGACUAGACUUGGACUUAAUAAAGGAGGUGACGAUGAUGAUGAAGAGGGUCCAAGGGGGGGAGACAGUGAUGUAGAUGAUGAUGAUGAUAUUGAGAAGGGCGAUGACUGGGAGCAUGAAGAUAUUUUCACUGAUGAUGAUGAAGCUGUUGGCAAUAAUCCCGAGGAAAGGGAAGAUUUGGCUCCUGAAGUUCCUGCUCCUCCUGAAAUCAAGCAGGAUGAGGAGGAGGAGGAGGGUGAAGAUAAUGAGGAAGGGGGAGGUUUGAGUAAAUCUGGGAAAGAGCUGAAGAAGCUACUUGGACGUUCUAGUGGUCUAAAUGAAUCUGAUGCUGAGGAUGAUGACGAUGAUGAAGAGAUGGAUGAUGAGGUUGGCGUUCCUCUUGUGAGUGCUUCAAAGCAGAAGGAUGCACUUAAGGAAGAACCUGCUGACAAUAGCCCUUUAAAACCUGGAGCUACUACUUCAAAGUCUUCAAAAGGGAAGAGAAAAAUAAAUGAGGAAGCAAAAACAUCUAAUGGUGCACCACCAAAGAAGGUGAAAACAGAAAAUGAACCGAAAUUAUCUGUCAAAGAUGAAAAUGGGUCUGCAGUUAAAAGUAAUGCUCCUCCAAAAGGUGUACCGCCUGCACCAUCAUCAAAAGCAGGGUCUUCCACCACUGCUUCUGGACCUGUGAGCGAGGAAGAAAUCAGGGCUGUUUUAAUGCAAAACACUCCAGUGACAACACAGGAUCUUGUUGCUAAAUUUAAAGCAAGACUAAGAUCACCAGAGGAUAAAAAGGCUUUUGCUGAUAUCCUGAAGAGAAUCUCCAAGAUACAGAAGACUACCAGUGGCGCCAGUUAUGUUAUUUUGAGAGAUAGGAGUGCACUGAUUCAUCCCUCUUUACACAGGCAAACGAGGAGAUCAGCGUUCGAGCCUAGGCCUAGCAGUCUCUCAGUCAUGUCCAAAGCAGAAGAUCUAUAAUUCCCAGUGAUUUUUCUGUAUGUCCAAAGCAGAAGAUCUAUAAUUCCCUUGAUUUUUCCUUUUACAGAUCGUUCUUGAUUUUCACAUUGUUGUUGCUGGUAGUUUUGCCUUUGCCAUCUUUGUGUUGUUGCUGGUAGUUUCUAGACACAACCCUUAACCAUCAUCUUUGUGUGUUGAAUGUGAACAAUGAUGAUUGUUUUUUAGAA